AGCUGUUUUAACUUUUAUUAUGUUUGAGAUUCGAUUAUAAUAAUACAAGAGAAAAUUGGGGUAACGAAAAUGGCUUAUCAUGUUUGAAGAACACCUCUCCAAUACAAAGAAGUUCUCUUUUUUGAAAUUAUUUUAUGCUCUUUUCUCCAUUCUGAUCAGUGGAACUUCUUGUUGCUUUUCCAAGCUGAAGGGCUGAAUCAGAAAACUAGUUCUACAACAAAUGGAUAAAGGUUGUGGUAUGGAAGAAACUGUUGAUUUGAGAAAUGGUGUGGAAUUGGCAACCUCAGUCUCUGAUAAGCAUCUUGACCUUCUAAGGCCAUCUGCACGAAAUUAUUCAAUUUUUAGAGGUCAAGCAAUGGAUGUUGCUGACCAUGAAAAGGGCAACUAUACACUAAUUAAAGGUCCAGAGGAUUUCCAAACGGGACUUUAUGAUAAACCCCUUCCAUGUUAUGGUUGUGGAAUUGGAUGGUUCUCAUUUCUUUUUGGAUUUCUAUGUCCACCUCUGUGGUACUAUGCAACAAUCCUCUACUUUGGAAAUUAUUACAGGAAAGAUCCUAGGGAACGGGCAGGGUUAGGAGCCUCUGCAAUUGCUGCAUUAAUAUGCUCAGUAGCAUUGCUGAUCGUGGGAGCUAUUCUUAUGUUACGCUACCCCUGAUGCUAGUUCCAGUAAUAAAGUGAGAAUCCAGAAGCGAUUAAGAUUGGAUAUCAGAAACAAUUGUACGUGUAUAUAACAAAAUAUGAAGAAAAAAUAUGCUUGAAGAUACUACAUAGGGUGUACCAUUAGAGAAGGAUGAAAUAUCACAGCCUUGGUAAAUUUGUGUAUACAAAAGAAAUAUAUCUCACGUUAAGUUAUUACGAAUCUCACAUAAUUUGUACUAUUGAUCUUUUUUCGACUAAGAGUUUCGUAUUGGAGAAUACUUAGGCUACUGAUUUUGCUAUAAUGUUAUUUUUUUGUACUCACCAUUAUAUUAAUAGAGAGUAAUUAAGAUUCGAA